CAUAUAAAUAUUUCACCAAACACACAUAUUUUCAUUAUAUGUAUGUCAUUUUUUCUAAGAUCUACAAAUAUUCAGGUUGACGAAAUUUCACUUUUCGGUUUUUUCGAAAUUGUUAAUGUUCAUGCACAUCAAAAUUACACAUAUUAUUUUGUUGCAUAGGUGUUAUGAAUGAUAAAUUGUUUUGUCUUACAAUAUUCAUAUUUAUUUUACAUUAAAUCAUAUUAUUAUCAUUUGUUUCUAAAAUCAUAUCCAGACGUGCAUAUAGAAUUUUUCGCGGCAACGCGGGUAAUCACCUGCUAUAUGUAUAUCAGUGUAACCAUAGUUGUGCAGAUGCCAUCCAUUGCUCGUCAGGGAAAGCAAUCAAUGUCCUUCUCUCUGAAUGUGUACCAAGCUUCUGGGUUUGGCCUAUGUUCUGAACGAGUUCCAGAGUUUCACUUCUCGCAGUCACUUUCGGUUGUGAGCUGCAAGGCGCGGAGGAAAGUGACAAUCGGCCUGUACAUGGAAGUCGUCGGUCAGAAGGAACCGAGAAGCAAUCCCCAUCAGUCUCCACCAUCAUGAGACUGAACUGAACUGAAGUCUAACUUUAGUCGUUCGUUCUCUUAUAAAAUUUUGAACAUCUCGAGCGUGUGUGGUUCAGAUUGAUCGAAUCAAGAUGGAGUUCGCCAGGGACGUGGUUCUUCCGGCGGCUCUGUCGGAGCUUCUCUCCAGGCUCUUCUCCUUGGCGCUCACCAAUUUCUCUUGGCUGGCUACCGGCAACGGCGGGGCAGAGGACGCGCACCGGCGCAGGCUCGAGCGGCUCUUGGCGAGCAUCGGCAGCACGGUGGAGGAAGCCGAGGGCCGGCACAUCACCAACGACCACCUCCUCUCCCAACUCAAGGUGCUCUCCGACGGCAUGUACCGUGGCCGCUUCGCCCUCGAAGCCACGGGUGCCGACGCCGACGCGGACUGUCGACAGCGAACCGGCGCGCUGCCUUCGCCGUUCAACAGCGCCAAGCGUCUACGCCUCAUCUUCGGCCGCCGCCGGGACAGUAAGCACGGCGAAGACAAAGACAAACUCGCCGCGGCGGCAAUCGAGGAUCUGGAGAGCCUGACGCGGGACUGCAUGAGGGAGUUCGUCAGCCUGGUGCAGGGCUACCCGCGACGACGGGUGCUCCGGCCCGUGGCCACAACGCUGUACAUGGACCGGCGCGUCUUCGGGCGGCACGUCGAGACGGAGCGCGUGGUCAACUUCCUGCUGCGGCCGGCCUCCGGUGCGCCGUGCCUAAGCGUGCUCCCCAUAAUCGGCUGGGUCAAGUCGGGGAAGACCACGCUCGUGAAGCACGCCUGCCAGGACGAGCGCGUGCGCGGCCACUUCUCCCUCGUCGAGUCCUUCCAGGCGGACCGAGUCGUCAGGAAUGGCGGGCGCCCGGGCCAGACCGUCUGGGCCAGCGACGGCGCCGAGUACCUCGCCGGCUUGCGCACAAUCCUAUCAGAUGAAAGGUUCUCGGCGCGGCGAUCCGUGCUCAUCUUCGAGGACGCCUGGCCCAUGGACGCGUCGGCAUGGAGCGCGCUCGCCGCGUCGCCUGCCGCCUGCAGCUUGGCAGCCGGGAGCAAGCUCCUGCUCACGAGCCGCGACGCCGACCACGCGUCAAUCGGGACAGAGGAGGCCGUGCUUCUCCGCCCGCUGCCGCAGGAGUAGUACUGGUACUACUUCAAGGCGCUGGCGUUCGGCGGCACGAACCCCGCCCAGCACCCGAGGAUGGCGGCCAUGGCCAAGGAGAUGGCGCGGCAGCUGGGCGGGACGUUCUUGGGCGCGAGGAUGGUGGGCGAGCUGCUCAGCUCCAAAUUCGACGCCCGGUUCUGGCGCCGCAUGACGGAAGCCAUAGUCAGGUGCUCCGGGAGGCGGCCCGUCCAUGUCAACUUCCUGCUUGAGCUCCUGUCCUCGUCCUGUGGGACGCUGCAACUGCAGUCGUAUGGCUCCUGCAACAGCCCUCCCAGGCUGACUCUUCGUGACGCCUUGUGUAACGAUGCCGAAGGGGCUGGUAUCACCGGCGGGCAUUCGGAGAGUGAGGAUGGGUUUACUACCAUCCAUCUCUGCAGGGAGACCCUGUACUUGGAUCAUUGGUAUACCAUCACUCUUGCCCGGAAGUAGUGAGGAUGCAAGUGUGCGCCGCAGUUUAUAGGGUUACGGCUGAGUUUUAUGCGCAUGGAGCAAUUGGUCAUCCGAACAAAGAUUUGAGAGAAGGUAUCAAGGACCAAGAUUCGGAGAUAGGACACUCCAGCAAGUUCACUAGACACGCACGUUUUCAAUUCUUUUGCUACCAUACUGAUUUGUUGCCUCUUGCUUGUAACUUGAUACUAUUAAGUAAGUUGUGUAAAAACCAUAGCUUGUAUGGUCGUUGGUGUGCAAAUCCCCAAAUACGACAUCAUCUAUGUUGGAA